AGCGUCUUUCGUUUGAGAUAGAGACAAUGAGUAGCAAGUGGUUCUCUUCGGUCUUCUCUUCUGGCACUAACAGAUGGCAGAGAAGGGUGUUGAGUGGGCUGGCAUUGGGCAGUGCCACAGUCGCCGGAGGAGCAGCACUCACUGUGGGAUCCAUGGCAGCCGAGGGAUUCGAAAUACACCCGCCUCAUUUCCACUGGAACCACAAGGGACCCAUCGACCAACUUGACAUGAAGAGUGUGAGGCGUGGAUAUGAAGUGUACAAGCAAGUGUGUGCUGCGUGCCACUCUAUGAAGUACAUGUACUACAGGAAUCUCGUCAAUCAAACUCACACUGAAGACGAGGCCAAGGCGGAAGCAGAGGCCAUAGAAGUAGUGGACAACGACCCUGAUGAUCAGGGCAACCCAGUGACGAGGCCAGGCAAGCUGAGUGACCGAUUCCCGGACGCCUUCCCCAACGAGGAGGCGGCCAGAUACGCCAACAAUGGAGCAUACCCGCCAGACCUCUCACUCAUGGUCAACGCCAGACAUGGAAACGAGGACUACGUGUUUGCCCUGCUGACCGGCUACUAUGACCCCCCAGCUGGAGUGGAGCCACACGAGGGACAGUACUUCAAUGCAUACAUGCCAGGCAACUGGAUCUCCAUGGCACCCCCUCUCUACAACGAAAUCAUCGAAUACGAAGACGGAACACCAGCCACGCAGUCUCAGUGUGCGAAGGACGUGGUGACCUUUUUGAGAUGGUCGGCUGAGCCCGAAUUCAACGCCAGAAAGCGCAUGUUCAUUAAGGCUGUGACGCUUACAACGGCAUGUCUAGUGUUAGCGUAUGCUUUCAAGAUGAGAAAAUGGUCCAUUCUCAAGUCAAGAAAGACAUACUAUCAUGACCCGAAAUCAGGAAAGAUCCUCAAGUAAACUUUGUCACCGAACAGCACGAAAACAAAAGCACUGAAAUAGAAGAUUUGAAGUUGAACACUUUUAAGUGAAAUAUAUUGUUUAACAUUUUCUCGUCUCGUUUACUUCGCUGAAUUUGAGACUCAGAAGUAGAAAUGUUUUGACUGACUGUUUAUAGAUUAAUUGAAUUGGAACAUCUGCUAAGCGGAGAGAUAUACUAAUGUGCGAAUUAAAUAAUUAUAUAAGAAA